AUGCAGGCACUUAUUUGCCUCCCAAUCUCCCCUUUCCGCAUCCCGUUCUCCCCUUUCCGCAUCCCGUUCUCCCCUUUCCGCAUCCCGUUCUCCCCUUUCCGCAUCCCGUUCUCCCCUUUCCGCAUCCCGUUCUCCCCGUCGUGCCUCCCUUUCUCCCAUUCUUGCCUCCACUUCUCCCAUUCCCACCUCCCGAUCUCCCUUCCCUCGUUUCUCUGUCUUCCCUCCCUUCCCUCGUUACCCUCUCGUCCCUCCCUUUCCUCGUUUCCCCCUCUUCCCUCCCUUCCCUCGUUUCCCCCUCUUCCCUCCCUUCCCUCGUUUCCCUCUCUUCCCUCCCUUCCCUCGCUUCCCUCUCGACUCCCCAUCCUUCCUUACGCACUCCUCCUGUUUUUUGAGAAUUCUCAAAAAACAUACGCCGUUCUCACUCUUGCAAUCCUCACUGCCAUCCCUCGAUACCCUUGUCAGGAGGGAUGGGGUGAGAAGGGAUGCAUAGAGGAGGGAUGGGGUGAGAAGGGAUGCAUAGAGGAGGGAUGGGGUGAGAAGGGAUGCAUAGAGGAGGGAUGGGGUGAGAAGGGAUGCAUAGAGGAGGGAUGGGGUGAGAAGGGAUGCAUAGAGGAGGGAUGGGGUGAGAAGGGAUGCAUAGAGGAGGGAUGGGGUGAGAAGGGAUGCAUAGAGGAUGGAUGGGGGGAGAAGGGAUGCAUAGAGGAUGGAUGGGGGGAGAAGGGAUGCGCAGAGGAUGGAUGCAAGGGGUGA